AUGAGAGCUUUGCUUGGAGCCUAUGAGUAUUGGGACUCCAUGGAAAAAGGAGUCGACGAAAGUGAAGCGGCCAAGAGGAAAAAAGACCAAAAAGCGCUCACAUUUAUACAUCAAAGUUUGGAUGAGAAGAUGUUCGAGAAGAGAAAGAGACUAACCCAAGACGAGGCCAUGGAGGUGCUUGUGGUCAUGGCGGCGGACGAGGACGAGGGCGCGGAAGAGGAAGACAAGGACAACAUGAUUAUGCAAAUAAUAGACAUAAUUAUGAAUCGACGAAAAACCAAGAAAGAGGUCGAGGUCGUGGUCGUGGACGAGGUCGAUGCUCAAGAGGUGGAGGAUAUAGGCCAAAUCAAAGGCAUAAAUCAAACAUCGAGUGUUUUAAUUGUCAUCGCUAGGGCCAUUACGCCUGGGAGUGUCAAAGUGACGUAG